AUGAACAGCCGUCCCAACUCCGGUUACUAUGACCGCAACCACCGCCAGUCGGCGGCUCUGAUUCGCGCGCGUCGCCCGUACCUCUUCAAGAACGUUGUUCUCGGUGCCAGCAUUACCGCUUUUACCCUCGCCGUCUAUGCCUACACCCUGAACGUCGUCGGCCAGGACGAAUUCGAGGACGUCAAGGUUCCCGAGAAGAAAUAG